GAACGAGUAAGAUAUGCCUCGUUGCGGGACUCAGGAAUUGGUUCUGCUGAACAGGAGCAUCUGCUGUACAGGAGCAUCACCUCACCUGCAUGCCUGCCUCCACCCUCCUCCUCUCUGCUGCUACUGUUCCCCCCCCCCCUCCGGCCGCCACAUGUUUAAGCAAGCCAUGGUGUUGGGGCAACUGCAGCAACCAUGGUGAACAAGAAGCCAUCAGGAUGCUGCAGCUUCAUCAGCACGCUGGAUGUGGAGCAUGCCCAAAAGAGCUCUUUCCUCUCACCUCAGGUCUCCAGACCCAGGUCCCUCGCAAUGCUGACUGUCAUAGGGAUAGCCCUAUUUGUGUUGGCACAGCCUGCCUCUUGUGACGACACAGUGGCCGAUAACAUUGGCAGCCACAUGAUGGGUCGCCUGUCGGAGCUCCUGUCCCCAGAAGAGUGCCAGGCUUUCUAUAGUGAAAUCACUGGCCCGGAGGAAAACAUGGAGAAAGAGUUGGAGCAGCUCUCUGAGAAGAACAACCCCAUCCACGCCCGCAGGCGCCGAGACAUCACCAGCAUGCAUCAAUGCAAAAAGACUCUGAGCCACUGGCUGGACACCGAAGGAGACACCAUGUAUUGGGAUCGCUUGUCGCGAGCUCUCCAAGCCAUCGGGCGCUCUGAUGUCUCCAUGGAGCUGGGCAAGAACCUCAACCAGGACAAGAACCUGGAGAUGAAGAAGAACGUGGAGAAGUAUCACGAGACUGUCAAGCAUCUGACUUCCUCGCUGCUCCUGGAAGAGAAUGAGGUGAGUGAGAGUGAGGACAGUGGACAAGGCCGACUCCGGCGAGAUGGGGAUCAGCCUGAGACUGAGUUAAAGCCAGAAGAACUGGAUGAUUUUGAGCUUAUCAUAGAGAGGGAAUCCCUACCUCCAUACAAGCAGAGUCUAUUUGGAUGGUUCACGCCACUGGCAACUGGCGUGAUCAGUGGGUUCCUCAGUUCCUUUGUUGUAGCAGCCCUCGCAGUCUUGUCUCUCUGUUGGAUCGUCAAGCAAGGAUUCCAGGAUCCCAUGGUGCAGGGGCAGGGUUCUGUGCCUGAGAUGAUUUUUCAUUACCCACCCAGGCGUGGUGGCAUCUAUUACAUGCAUCAGGAGUUUGAAGAGCGCAGGAUGAAUGUCAGCGAGAUCGUGAAUGCAGAUGAGGAUGAGGGUGAGGGUGAGGGUGGGAGUGAUGGGGAGGUUGAGGGGGAGGAUGAAGAAGGCACUGACGGCUAGAACUCCCUGUGAAGUCAAAAGCUGCAAAGCCCAAAUACAAUGGAGGCCAGCUUUGUAGGGAAGGGAGGGAUUAAUAAAGCAUAUCUUUUCAUGGUACUGUCAAA